UAAUGCAAUAAAAAAAUAGUGGUGUGUGUAUAGAAGUGAACCACAAACAAACGCGAACACAAGAGGAGAUCAUAGCAUCACGUCCGUUACGUCACGGUGUAAUAGAUCCAACGUACAAAAUAUAAUAACAAUCACAUUACCAAAUAUAAUUGGACUUUUAAAAAAAAAGAGUAUGAAUCAGAAGUACAAAAAUCAUUGAAAAUUUUCGUAGAACCACACCAAAAAUUAAAUCAUGUAUUCAAUGCCAAAAUUAAUUGUUGUGCGUAAAUUAUUUUUUAAUAAUUGUGUGCAUUUGUGCUGUUUAGUUUGAAAGUAGGUAAACACAGUGAAUGACUUUGUAUGUAAACAAAUAGUUAAUAUACGCUACACAUUUUAGUACAGUCGUAUCGCUACUCUUGCUGUGUUGUUGUUAUUGUGAUUACUUGUUCUAGAGAAAAAGUAAAACGUUGACUUUUAACAGUUAUCUAAAAAAAAAUAUACGCGAGGAAAAAAAAUCACCAACAAAAUGACGAACAGAGAAACUUGUACAGCUCCAUCAUUUUUAUUUAAAAUAGUUGAAUUGUUAUUAUGUAUUUUGUGUUUGAUAUUCAUAUGCCUGGGAGCGGUAACAGCAUGGUCUGCCGGAAGUAUACUCACAGUUUUGGCAAUUGGAGGAUAUUUGGUAAUAAUUUCAGUGUUAUUAGCAGUAUAUUUACUAGAUCAAAGUAAUAUAUUAAUGGAAAUUAUAUUUUUGGGAGUUGGUGGAUUAUUAAAUUUAAUAGCAGGAAUUUUAAACCUAAUAAUGCCAGGCGAACGAGGUUAUGGUGAAUAUCCAACAGGCAAUGCUAAUUCUUACAGGAUAGUUGUAUCACUUUUUUGUAUGAUAAAUGGUAUAUUGAUGUUAAUUGAUUGUAUAUUAGCAUACAGACGUAAAUAAUAUUGAUAUUAAUAUUUUAUAAUAAUAAUAAAUAAAACAUCGCUUAUGUUUGUUUAUUCUCAACAAUAUGAUACCAUCACAAUAUGACGACAUCGCUGAGACGUUAAAUAUAUUGUAUCGAUGAUGUCAUAUCGUUAUGGUAUCAUAAUGUUGAAGAUAGACAAACACCAGCAAAAUUAUGCCGUCCUCCAAACAAAUCAACGUGAUUGAGAAUGAAAUCAACAAAAAUUUUAAAUAAUAUAAAAAAAUCAACAAGCAGAAA